CGCCGGGAGCCGCGGCGGAGCGGUGAGGGCGGGCGGCGCUGGUGCCCUGCGGGGGGGCUGGCGGCGGGCGCCGGUCUCUCUCCAGUUGUGCCCGGCGGCGGGACGGGAGGCUGCGUCUCAGUGCGAGGGGGCACUUCUGUGCUGUGAGGUGCUUGGAAGAAGUGCACAAGGAGUGCACCUCCCUUGCUGGUCUCACCAUGUCUGUCAGCACCUAUGAGGAAAUUCUCAAGUACUACGAGUUACACGAAACAAUUGGAACGGGUGGGUUUGCAAAGGUAAAACUUGGACAACAUCUUCUUACUGGUGAAAAAGUUGCAAUAAAAAUCAUGGACAAACUUGCUCUAGGGGAUGACUUGCCUCGUGUUAAAACAGAAAUUGAUGCCAUGAAGAAUUUGAGUCACCAACAUAUUUGCCGGUUGUAUCACGUUAUAGAGACAUCCAAGAAAAUAUUCAUGGUCUUAGAGUAUUGUCCUGGAGGAGAGCUGUUUGAUUACAUUAUUUCUAAGGACCGUCUUUCAGAAGAGGAAGCUCGUGUAUUUUUUCGGCAGAUUGUUUCAGCAAUUGCUUAUGUUCACAGUCAGGGAUAUGCCCACAGGGACCUCAAACCAGAAAACCUGCUGAUUGAUGAGGAACAUAAUUUGAAGCUGAUAGACUUUGGACUCUGUGCAAAGCCAAAGGGAGGUCUUGAUUACCAUCUGAACACCUGCUGUGGAAGCCCAGCUUAUGCAGCACCAGAGCUAAUUCAGGGCAAAGCAUAUAUUGGAUCAGAGGCAGAUAUUUGGAGCAUGGGUGUACUGCUGUAUGCUCUGCUGUGUGGCUUUCUCCCUUUUGAUGAUGACAACGUCAUGGCAGUCUACAGGAGGAUAAUGAGAGGAAAAUAUACUAUUCCCAAGUGGCUCUCUCCUAGCAGUACGCUGCUGCUUAACCAAAUGCUACAGGUGGACCCAAAGAAGCGGAUCACAGUUAAGCAUCUGUUAAGUCACCCGUGGCUCAUGCAAGGUUAUUCAGAUGCUGUCCAGUGGCAAAGUAAAUACCCACAGGGACACCUUGAUGAAGACUGUGUGACAGAGCUUUCCGUGUUUCACAACCAGAGCAGGGAGAGUAUAUCGGAAUUAAUAUCAGAGUGGAAUUACGACCAAUUGUCAGCAACAUAUCUCUUGCUUCAAUCCAAGAAGGCUCGUGGCAAGCGCGUUCGCUUACGGGUUCCGUUGCUACCACAGCAUGCCAGCACAGCUCAAUCAGCAGGCCCAGAGUCUGAAAAAACUACGACAUGUGAAGAUACACCAGACUCCAGUGAAAUGCCGUAUGCAUUCGGAUCCAUGGAAUUUUCUGAUGCAGCUUCACUGUUUGAAGAGUCUCCACUGGAAGGGUUUAUUCUAAAUAGUCACAGAACAAACCAGCAGCAUUCAAGUCGUGAUGCUCAACUGGAUAAUACAGAAUUCACACUGUCAACUCCAGUGACAAGAAAAGUGGCAUCAAAGAAUCAUGCAAGCAAAGAGAAUGUUGAUACAGAGUCAGCGUUAAAAAAUGAGAUACCCUUUGUGCUUCCUGCUCCAAAGACUCCCUUCGGAAAGAGUCAGAUUGAGAAGCAAGUACAAGGCAUAUCCAUUCAAGGACCUGCCUUCAAAGAGAGACAGUUCACAACAGUCACUCCAAUUAAGAAACCCAAAAACCCAGCAAAUACAAAUGAACUGACAGCAGCUGAGGUUCUUCCUGAAAGAAGGUGUCACUCGGUGGAACUAGAUCUCAACCUAGCCCAUGUGGAUAGCAACCAAAAGAAGAGAAAGGCCAAGAUAUUUGGAAGUCUUGAAAGAGGCCUAGAUAAAGUGAUCACAAUGCUUACACCAAGCAAAAAGAAACGAUCCACUAGAGAUGGGCCAAGGAAACUUAAGGCACACUAUAAUGUUACCACUACUCAGCUGAUGAAUCCAGACCAACUGUUGAAUGAAAUAAUCUCUGUCCUUUCAAAGAAGCAAGUGGAGUAUGUUAAAAAGGGUUAUACCCUGAAAUGCCAAACACAGUCAGAUUUUGGCAAAGUAACUAUGAAGUUUGAGUUAGAAGUAUGUCAACUCAGUAAACCUGAAGUAGUUGGUAUCAGGAGACAACGGCUUAAAGGUGAUGCUUGGGUCUACAAGAGACUGAUGGAUGACAUUUUAUCUAGCUGCCAAGUGUGACUGGUUGAUGCAUGUGCUGAGAAAGAAGCAGUUUUGUACUGAGGCUUUAAUCAUCAUUCCAAAAGGAUCUGUUUUGAAAAGUAAUUAUUGAUCGCAUUCACAGUUGUAUUUGAGAAUGUCAUCCCUUGUGUUUUUAACCAUCCCUCUUCGUAUAUAUACUUCCUUCAUGUUUCCCCUUUAUAAGAAAUUUGUCAACUUUUGCUAAAUGUUCUGCAAUUGUAACUCUUCUGAAAUAAAAGUUUAAACUGUCUCCCCCCAACCCU